AUGGCUACAGCAAAGAUGGCCGACGUGGUUAGGGGUCUGAUCAAGGUGGGUGAUCUCGCAGGUGUGCAGCGGGUGACAGAACGCAGCUGCGACUGGUCCGAGCUCGAUAGCAAAGCCAAGCCACUUUUGAUAGACGUCAUGGAGGCUCCUUCUGGCGAGUGGGAGACGCGGGCCCAGAUGCUGGAUUGGAUGAUCAAAGCAGGAGCGGACCCGCUUAAAGCGUGUCCGGCCGACAAUGUAAAGUGUUGUGUCAUCGUUAUAGGCCGAGAGCAUGAUGACGAGAGCAUCAAGAUUCCGUACAAGGGGCACUGCGCAACCACAUUCGCGUGUGAGGUCUUACAGGCGUUGCAGAAAUCAAAACAUGUUGCGGCCUCGGAUGUGAAAGUGAAGGCAUUCAAAGGCUACUUGGACGUACUUACCAGAGCCACACCUAUGCCCAAGCAGGCCAACGUUGCGAUUCCGCAAAGCAUCGUCGACAUGUGGGAGUCAAUACGACAGAUGACACCUACGCACAACGUGGUUUUUGAAACAGCAGAUGACGACGUCUCGGCUCACGACCUCAUUCUUGUUACAGCCUCACCUGUCUUGAAGGCCAUGCUGGAGUCAACCAUGAGUGAAGGCUCAAGCAAACGCAUAUCUGUCAAGGACUCUUCAGGUUCUGGAGUGCGGCUGCUAGUGGACAUGCUCUAUACAAGCUCCACGCGUAAUGAGCCUGACUACAAGACAGUGCUUGUUGCCCUGGACUUGGCCCACCGCUGGCAGGCAAACGGCAUUGUGCCGGUGCUUGAAGGCAUCUUGCUGGAGAUGGUUACUGUCGAGAGUUUUGUUGCCAUCGCUGAGGCUGCAAUGCUCAAGGGCUUGCAGAAACUGCAGCAGGCAUGCAAGACUUUUGCCGCCAACAACAGCCAGAUGAAGACCAUGCUAGAGAAGGGAACCCUUCCUGUAGAGGUGCGCAAGCUGCUGGGAGUGUCGGCGGACCCGCCGCCAGAGGGAGGACUGCAGAAGAAGCGCCGGACCUUCACUGCACCUUGA